AUGUCUCUCAAAAACGAUUCCUUCCCUUCCUCCGCCGCCUUCGAUGUGAUCCAAUCUACCCUUCAGGGUGACGCUGCCGAGCGCAAGGACGCUGUCGACAAGGCCAAGGUCGUCGUCGCUUUCAACCUCAAGAACUCCAAGGGACAGGAAGAGAGCUGGUAUUUGGACCUCAAGGAAAAGGGUGUGGUGGGGAAAGGCGCUGCCCCUUCCGGUGGAAAAGCGGAUGUGACCCUCUCUCUCUCUGAUGAAGAUUUUGCUUCCCUGGUUUCUGGAAAGGCCAACGCCCAGCGACUUUUCAUGGGAGGCAAGCUCAAGAUUAAGGGUAACAUCAUGAAGGCGACUAAGAUGGAACCCAUCUUGAAGAAGGCUCAGGGCAAGGCCAAGCUAUAG